CCUCCUUUCCAUCAGUAUGAACACCAUGGAGGACAGUCCCGUCCGAAAAGAGGAGAGGGAGGAAUUUUUCAAACUGCUUGAAAAUGAUAUCAUCAAGGAGUAUCUUGACCAGGACAGGUGCUUGAGAACAUCAGAUAAAUUCCUUCUAGCAAUGGUGCUGGCCUAUUUCCAUCGGGCAAAAAUGGACCUGGAUGAAUAUAAUGUUCUAAUGUUUUUCACUGCUCUGUCCUUGGCAAACAUGGUAGAAGAAGAUGAGCCUUUCCAACGCGAGAUUUAUCCCUGGGUUCUAGGCCAGGCAUGGUUUGUGCUGCUGCCAGAGUUUGAAAGACUACGUAACCUCUUCUGGGAGAGGAUGAAUUAUCGAGGCCUUGUCACCCGCAGCACGUGCGAGCAGAUAAUGGGAGAGGAUCCAAUGCACUGGGCGUGGUUAAGAGUACGCAAAGACCACCAUAGCUGGGUAUUUCGAUCUCAUCUAAGAUGGAAGGAUGAAUACAGACUUCGAGGCCCAGGAAGAAGCCCCAUUAAUUGUUAUCUAUGUGCCUUCUAAAACAGGACUAGCACAAACAGACCUCAUUUAUGAGUGACUUAUGGGGUAAUUUUUUUUUUUACAUAGGUAAAAACUAGUGCUUUGGAAUGCAAGGAUAUCAUCACUUGGAAAGUGUCCAUAAAAAAGGCUUGUCACCCUAGUGCAUAUGUGUGCCAGGGUGACAGCCAAUCAGGGCUUCCUAUACCUGAGCACGGUUAAAGCUUUAUUUUAACAAAAGUUCAAUCCACAUGGCAUAAACGGGUCUCCCAACAGCCCUGCUUUUGGUGGGACAUAUCUGAUUCCGAGGUCUUGCCUUACUUUAGUUCCCUGGUGUCCCACAUCUAAAGACACCAGCGAAGUGUCCCUUGGCAGCACAGUGCAAGCGGAUUAUUAGAUGUGAUGGCACUGUACAGCAGGGACAAGGACCAUGCAGGGAGCGCUUCAGCAGCUCCCUGUAUGGGGGUCGGUCAGGCAAGCUGUCGGUGGGCGUUUUUGGGCAUUUACAGUGUGUGGCUCAGGUCACUAGUGACACCUCCCACAGGGUCUUGCCCAAGUUUUCCACUCCCGAUAGUUGGGAGAUAAGGAUAAAUCUAUUACCAAGCUCAGAGGAUGGGAAUAGUUACCUGUUUUACAGUGUCACAUUAUGCCUAAUAUGACUAGAAUA